AAAAAAAUCGAGUUAAAAGUGAAAAUGAAAUUUGCAAAGUUUUAAAAACAAAUCAAGACCAUGCAACAAGCUGAGUGACCCAAUUUAAUUCUUUUAUGCAAUCUCACAUCAAAUGAAAUCGUACUUCGUCUUAGAAAUUUUUUCAACAUUUGAAGUGAUAAAAACGUUACACGACAUCAUAAAACUCUGCAAUGAUUAAUUGCCCAUCAUUAUUCUGAUGAAUUGCCUAUUAAUCUGUUCAUCCAUUACUAUUCAGAUUAAUUUUGUCGGAGAAUAAUAAAAAUAAUAAUAAAAAAUCUUGCCGAAAAAUAUCAAAGUGCGUGGGCGUUAGAAAAGAAACUCAAAAGAAAAGUUUUCGCCUUUUUCCAAAGAGCUCCAAAUGUGUAAUGAAGUGGAAUUUUACAAUCAAUCAAAAGUUUGUGUUUUUAUUUAAUUAUUUCAUCUUUCUAAACGCUUUUACAUUGAUAAGUUGUGAUGUUUUUAAACUUGGAUACUUAACUGGAUCAGCACGUCGUCCUGGUGACUUGGAAUAUGAGCGACCGGGCCUGACAAUCUCCGGUGGACUUACAUUGGCGAAAGAAGAAGUAAACAGAGAGAAGCUUGCAAGAUUCAACCACAGUAUUGACUUCAUUGUUUCGGAGACUUAUGGCGAAGAAAUAUCAAGCAUUCGACAAACCGCAUCAUUAUGGAAGCAAGAGAUUUAUGGAUAUAUUGGACCACAAGAGACUUGCAAUCAUGAAGGACGAAUGGCUGCAGCUUUCAAUCUUCCAAUGAUUUCAUACUUUUGCACCAAUUAUGAAACAUCAAACAAGAAAGACUUCCCAACAUUCGCUCGAACACGACCACCUGACACGCAAAUCGCCAAAUCUGUCGUCUCUCUACUACUUGCUUAUAAUUGGACGCAAGUGACAUUCCUUCAUGUCGAUCACGAAAACAGUGAAAUCGCGCCGAUUGCAAAGACUGUGAUAAAGACUUUAACACUGGCAGGAAUUAAAAUUAAUGCUGUUAAAACAUGGAACGAUGAUUAUUAUCAUGGCUAUCGAACGAAUCCAUUCGAUGAUAUGGUUAGAGAUUCUUACAGGGACACAAGAAUUUACUUAAUAUUGGGGCAGUUUCACGAACACAUUGGACUGAUGUUAAGUCUACACAAUCAAGGUUUACUUAAUGCCGGUGAAUAUUUUGUUGUUGGCAUGGAUAUUGAACAGUAUGAUGCUUCCGAUCCGGAAAAGUACUUGAAAGGAAUUCUACACAAUGAACAAGAGCCGUGGGUUGGAAGUGCUUAUCGAUCUUAUCUCGCUGUUUUGCCAUCUCCAACUGUUGGCUUUGACGACUUUGCCGGGAAGGUGAACAAAUUUUUGGAGUUGCCGCCGUUCGAGUAUCCAAAUCCAUUGAAACAAUUUAAUAAGACAAAACAGAUUCGAGCGGAAGCUGCUUACUUAUACGAUGCUGUUCAUUUAUACACUGAUGCUUUAAUCAAUUGUUUAGAGAGCCACAGGGAUCCUAGAAAUGGAACUGAAAUCAUUAAUGCCAUUAAAGGGCGAAGCUAUCAAAGUGCCAUGGGCUUUUUGGUACACAUUGAUGAGAAUGGCGAUGCAGCUGGCAAUUACACAAUUUUAGGAGCAAAGUUGAUUCAUAACAGCUUCACAAACACAACAAGUUAUGGUCUGUUUCCUUUUGGAACUUUCAUAACAAAGGCGACUCAUGAAGAUGAGAAUGCAACACAAAGUAUUCCGGGUUUGCAAUUGUUUGAAAAGUUGAUGUGGGUGGGUGGAAAGCCACCGAUUGCUGAACCUGAGUGUGGUUUCCGAGGAGAAAAAUGCAUCAGUUAUGUGAGAGAAAUUUCAGCAGCAGUUGCUGGAAUUAUUCUUCUCAUUCUGACGAUUGUUUCGCUCGUGCUGUACAGAAAUUGGCGCUACGAACAAGAACUCGAUAGUUUGUUGUGGAAAAUCGACUUCAAAGACAUUCAAAUGCAUGAAAACGACGCUAGCAUUGGUCAAAAGCAAACUAGAGCAACACAUCCUUUGAUCAGAACAAGUCAAGUUUCAUUAAGUUCAAAUCCUGAUGCCGAUUUUCGUUACUCAACUAUUUUCACUCCUAUUGGAUUAUACAAAGGGCAGCUUUAUGCUAUAAAGAAAAUUAGAAAGAAGUCAGUUGACAUCACCAGGGAAAUGAAAAUGGAAUUGAAAAUUCUUCGAGACAUUCGACAUGACAACUUAAAUGCAUUUAUUGGUGCAUGCACUGAGCCACCGAACAUUUGUAUCAUCACUGAAUAUUGUUCACGUGGGAGUCUCAAAGAUGUUCUCGAGAAUGACGAUGUGAAAUUGGACAACAUGUUUAUUGCAUCAUUAGUAUUUGACUUGAUAAGGGUAUCGUACAAACCUUUUCCGACCUUUCCCUUGUUGACUAUUUUUUCAUCUCAUUUCUUCACUUUUUUUAUGAAUCAUGACUUGCAGGGUAUGACCUAUCUGCACGAUUCACCCCUCCGAUGUCAUGGCAAUCUCUGCACUGCAAAUUGUCUCAUCGAUUCGCGAUGGGUCGUAAAAUUGAGUGAUUUUGGUUUAUAUGCGUUCAAGAAAGGUGGCAACACUACGAAUGACUGUGAUAGUGGAAAUAACAAUAACUUACAAGACAAUAACGAGCUUUACGAAGAAGAUAUGAUGAUACCCGUGAGACGAGGAAGCACCGAUUCGAAGAAGUUUACGGUGAAAUAUGAAAAAUUAUUGUAUAAGGCUCCCGAACUUUUGAGAACGGUCAACAACUUCAACACCAUUUUAAUACCUGGAACGCCCAAGGGUGAUAUUUAUUCAUUUGCGAUUAUUCUCUACGAGAUUCAUACAAGAAAUGGACCGUUUGGAGAGAUUGACUGCACCUACAUCGACUGCUUGAAACGACUGACAGUUCCUUUUGAUGUUAGCAUUCCGUUUCGUCCCUCGCUUCAACCCCUCGAAACGUCAUUCGAUUGUGUCAGAGAAUGUAUUCGUGAAUGUUGGGCGGAAAAUCCUGAAGUUCGACCAGAAUUUAAAAGCAUCAGAACAAAACUUCGUCCUUUGAGGAAAGGAAUGAGACCGAACAUCUUCGAUAAUAUGAUGGCAAUGAUGGAAAAAUAUGCGAAUAAUCUCGAACAACUUGUCGAUGAACGAACAGAUCAAUUACAGGAAGAGAAAAAGAAAACUGAAGCGUUGUUGCUUGAAAUGCUUCCGAGACCUGUCGCCGAACAAUUGAAGCGUGGAAACAAAGUCGAAGCUGAAAGUUAUGACAUGGUCACGAUUUAUUUUUCCGACAUCGUGGGAUUUACAAGCAUGAGUGCUGAAUCGACACCGCUUCAAGUCGUUGAUUUCCUUAACGAUCUUUACACAUGUUUUGAUUCAAUUAUUGGAAAUUACGAUGUUUACAAGGUUGAGACAAUUGGCGAUGCUUACAUGGUAGUGUCGGGUUUGCCGAUAAGAAAUGGUGACAUACAUGCUGGUGAAAUUGCUUCUAUGUCACUUCAUCUGUUGGAAGCAAUCCGUGAAUUUAAAAUACGACAUCGACCAGAUGACUCAUUGAAGCUUCGAAUAGGAAUUCACAGUGGACCGGUUUGUGCUGGAGUUGUUGGAUUGAAGAUGCCUCGAUAUUGUUUAUUUGGUGACACUGUCAACACAUCAUCGAGAAUGGAAUCAACAGGUGAAGCUUUAAAAAUUCACUGCAGUGAAGAAUGCAAGCAAUUGCUUGAUUCCCUCGGUGGAUAUUUGUUUGAAGAUCGUGGGAAGAUUCCAAUCAAAGGAAAAGGCGAGCUCAAUACUUAUUGGCUUACCGGUGAACUGGAAGAGUACAAAAUCAAAAGAUAUCAAGCAAGAACUGAACGAAGAGCGUCAAAAAACAGCGCAAGACAAAUAUCAAAGUUCCUACAAGCACAAAAAGAACUUCAGAAAAGCUCACUGAAAAGUGCGAAAAGCUUGAUGAAUCAGAAUCGACUUGCACCGUUUAGUAAUAAUUUAAUACGAUCGACAAGUUUUGAUUCACCUAAAAAGCUUCGUUUUGCUGCUGACAUUCUUGAUGCUCAUAAUCACAACAGCAGAUAUCUUCGAUACAGCAACGAUGCUUUAAUGGAAGUCAUCACAGAUCAAAUGCAAAGUCCAAAGAAAAAUAACUCCGAUGAUUCAAUGAUUUUUGCUGUUGUUGAUUCAAAUGACAACGACGAUGAUGUCACAGCUUCUUGUCCUUGUAUUAACAAGGAAAUGACUGAUUUCAUUUGCAAAGGCGAAGAUUUCUUCGACAACUUUGAGGAAAGCUCAUUUCAUGACAACCAAUUAAAGAACACUUCCGAAAGACAUAAAUUAUUGCACAAGAAUAAUACACCAACGAUACAAAUAACCAGCGUCACACCGUUGUUAUCGGAUAAUUGAAUCACUGCCAGUCGAAUUAUUCCUUAAAUGUUUUCCAACGUUUAAUUGCUUAUGUCUCUUUCUCUCAUUUCAGUUGUUGUAAUGAUAAGAAAACAAUGUUCAACAACUUUAAUUUCUAGUCAUUUUGUCACGUUCAAUUAAGUUUAAUCAUUGAUGAUUUUGUGGUUGUUUAUCUAUUAAUUAGUGUAAUGAUUUGUUUUGCUCUUAAAAAAACUAAAUCGAUACGUCAAUGGUUACGACAUGAGUAAUUAGAACGUAAUUCUUGGAUGUAAAUAUCCAUGUUAUCGAGGAUGAUAGAACGUAAAGGAAAUGCUUUCAGUUUUCCAUUAUGAAAAUCUUUCCUCGAAAACCUCAAUAAAAUUUCUUAAAAUAAUAAUGUGAAGUAUACAACAAACAUAAUCGAACAAUCUCAUAAUAAGUGUCUGUAAACUUUUGUAUGUUGUUAAUGUGAAAUGUGAUUUAUAAAAGAGAUGACGUCUAUUAAAAUAAACAAACAAGAAAUUUGUCU